AUGGAGGUGCAGCCGGAAUGUGUGGAGCCUCAUGUGGCCCCUCACUGUGACCCCCAGCCUACAGGGAAGAUCAACAAAGCUGCCUUCAAGCUCUUUGGGAAGCGACGCGCCGGCUCGGGAAUGGCCAGCUUCUUUUCCUUCAGGAACAAAGCUGCCGCCAACAGUAGAAACAGUGGGAAUUCUGACAACGGGAAUUCUUUGAAUGGAAGCUCGGCAGCAUCGGCGGAGCUCGUGAGGAGCAAAACACACGAUGGGCUCACGAGCAACGAUGCUGAUGGACAGAGAGGGGAGGGGCCUGCAGGCCUGGAGGCAGGGCCAGUGAGGUCUCUCAGCAAAUCGCUGAGCUUCUUUUCCCUUCUCCGACGUGGGAGUGUCAGGUCGGGUGAAAAUGGAGGGGUGGGGAUUGUGAGAAGAGGAAGAGGCCUGAAAGGAUUUUUUAGCAGCAUGCGUUGGAGACGUAAAGAGAAAGCAAACGAAGGAGAAAGGGAAGAGGUCGAAGGGAAGAAAGAGAAGGAUGGGGAUGUUGCGGAGGCCGAGAAGGUAAAAGACAUCACACUCACCCUUGAGCCGCCGCCACAUCAUCGCCAUGAGGACAGUGAAAAUGCCGAGGAAGGGCCUAACCUCCAGUCAAUAGACACUCCCACCACCAGUAUUACAAUGACACCCACACACUGUGUUGCCAUGCCCGGACCAUCUGGUGACCCGGGCUCCCCCUUUCCGUACACGCCCACCGAUUCGCCGCUGCACCCUCCUAUACAAAAAGCCAAAGCGUCAAUUUCCAGCCUCAGUCCCUCCAUCGCGACCCCCCCUCUGGAUCGUUGCAGCGCGGGCGACCAGCCCUCCGAGCCCUCGGUGGACCGGCUCUGCUCUCUCCUGUUCACCGAUGUCACGUCCCUGAAGAGCUUCGAUUCGCUGACCGGCUGCGGUGACAUUAUUGCCGAUGCGGAUGAGGAAGGGCCGGCGGGUAACGGAGGCAGCGGCACCAGCAGCAGCAGCAGCGGGGGCGGAGGGGCCAGCGUGGGGGGCGGAAUUGGGAAAACCGCUCCCGUCUCCGGCGGGACGUCUCGGACGUCCCCGUCCGCGGCCCCUCUGCCUCCGCAGAUGGCCCAGUCGAUGUUCUCUAUUUCCCAAAGCUCGGCGCACGUCUCCCUCCCCGCUCGAACCCGGGCGCCCCCUCCGCCGCAGCCGCAUCCGGCCGGAAGUGGCGUGGUGGCCUACAUGGGCGGGGGGGAAGAAAUGGCGAGUCCGGAAGGAGUGGACGACGCAGACAUGCAGGGCCUCUGGCACAUGCUCCCUUCCACAGGAGAGAGCUCCCCGGCGUUGCCGCGGCUGCAUCAGCCCGCGUCCUCCACCCCCACGUCCACUUAUCCGCCCCGCACCAAUCCGGCCAUCGGCCACCUGCCCUCGGCUCCCAGGAGUGUGGACAGAAAGGCGCCCCAGGUAAAGGCUCUAGGCCUCAGUAAGAUACCGGUCGUCGGUGCAGCGGGAGGCCGGGCAGCUAAGCCCCCCCUGCCUCACGCCUAUGGCCGACACCCUACGUCACCUGGGGAAAAAGAGCUAUUCAGUGACGAGGGUUACUGGGACACACCCUCGGCAACACCUACAGCAACACCCGAUGAGAGUGGGCUGCAGAGUAAACAGAGGAUCGCCCUGUCACGCGACAGUUGCUCCGGGGACCAUCUAUACGACCUGUACAACGAUCCCGAAGAGGAAGGGGAGGAUUAUGUCCGGGACGAGGACCUGAACAGUACUCCCUCUCCGUCCACCGAAUAUAAAAUGAGCCCCACCUCUCAGACAAGCCCCCCUUCCUCCUCCUCUGCUUCCUCUUUCCGAUCGGUGAAAGGGAGCACUAGCCUUCCCCGAGAAUCCAAGAUCCCAGUGAGCAGCAGACAGGCCUCCCCUCCCCACUCUGUAAGCCAGUCGGCCCUGUCGUCAGUUCUGGAGGCAGACCCCCCCCUGCCAAAGACCCAAGCAGCCCCGCCAGUCCGCACCAGAAUCCCUGUGUCCAAGGUUCCUGUGCGUCGUUCGGGAAACAAACCGGGCAGCACGACAAGAGGAGCUGAACACAAGAAGUAG